CCGUCUUUACUUUUCUCUCUAACUUUCAAUGUCAUCAACAAGAGGUAGUGGUAAGGAGGCAGGUAAUGGUGCCGAUGAGUCUUCUUCCGUAACCAACACACUUUUCACUUCUCCAUUUUCACCACCAAGAACCAUGGAAGAAGCCUGGAGACACAUCAGUCUCGCUUCUCCUUCUUAUUCUGCUCGAGCACCCUUCGGAAAUGGUAUUCCAAAUGACAGCAUGUUGAUCUCCUCCUCUACCGCAGCUGAACCCACCUCUCUCGACUUUCCUCAUCCUAUGAUGCAGAACCAGCUCUACUGUCAGCUUUUCUGUAUCAAUAGGCCUUUUGUCAUCAACCCCGAUCAGGGUUUGGCUAACAGUACUUCCUCUUGUUUUGGGACUGGAAAGAAGAAAAGAGUGCUGGAUUAUGCCAGCAACUCAGAAGAUCCAAGACACAAGCGUAUGAUCAAGAAUAGAGAGUCUGCUUCAAGAUCUAGGGCAAGGAAGCAGGCUUACACGGGUGCGUUGGAGCUUGAAGUUCAGCAUCUGAAGGAAGAGAAUGAAAGAAUCAGAAGACAGCAACAACAGCUACAAGAGUCCAGUUUUGCAGCUGCUUCUGGACAACCCAAGAAGCACAAGCAUCGUCGAUCCUCAACUGCUCACUUUUGAGAAGCUAGAUGUAUGUAUUCAAAUGUUAACUAAUUAUAUCAUGGGCUUCACUGGAUCUUUUAUUUUUAGUAAUCUACAGUGGUGUUCAGAUAUAGUUCAUGGGCUAGGCUUCUUUUUAUUUUUAUUUUCUGUUGUCUUUCAGUUUUUUAACUAUAAUUAUAUACCUCUAAUUACCAAUAACAAAACCUAAAAAAAUUAGAUCGUGCGGACCAAAUUGACAGUAACGGCUCGUCAACCCAUCCCAAAAUUUCAAAUUUACUAGCCCUUAAAGACCCAAAUAUUACACUCUUCCCCCAGUCCCUCUGUUUCGUUAAUUAUUAGA